AUGCCAAAAAGUCAAAGAAAGACAAUAAAAAUAAAAGACAUCAAACUAACGAAAAAACAGAAAGUUUCGAAAAAAGAAAAAUUUCGAACAAUACAAUUGAAUGCACAAUCGAACUUUACAGAUACUCUUGAUGAAAUAAAUCAAAAUUUAGAACUAUUGAAAUGUGAAUUUCGGUUCCAAGUGCAUAAUAAUAUUUCAAUGGAAGAAAUAUUAAAAAUCGAAAAACAUUGUUAUGAAUGGGCAAAGAAGUUUGAUUUGAUUACAGGAAAGACUACGGAUAAAAAAUUUAAAGGAAGUAAAUUUGGAUUACUUAUUUGUUAUAUAUUUCCAACUGUAUCCUUCGAGAGACGUUGUCUUGCUAUCGAUUUCUUUAAUUGGUUAUUUUUUGUUGAUGAUUUGGUAGAUAACAAGAAAAAUCUAAAAGACAACCCCGAAAAAAUAAAAAUAGAACUCGAUAAAUUCAAAAGUAUUUUAGAUAAUAAAUUAUUACCAGGGGUUUUACAAAGCUCAAUUGCUAUUGCAUUAUGGGAUGUAUGGUCUAGAAUGAAAAAAAUUACUAGUGAAAAAUGGCAACUGAAAUUUCGCAAUAGUGUUUUACAUUAUUUUGAUGCAUGCUACUUAAAUGCACUUAAUAAACGUUCACAUAAUCUUCCUAAUUCCGUAGAAGAAUAUUCCAAGAUCAGAAGGCAUUCAGGAGCAGUAAUGACUAGUUUUAACUUGAUCGAACCUCUGCUCGAAAUUCAAAUUUCGCAAAAUAAUAUAGAUUUGCAAAAUCUUGUGAAUUAUUGCAAUGAUCAUAUAUGCUUCAUUAAUGAUCUUUACUCGCUUAAAAAAGAAUUAACGAAAGGUGAAGUUGAUAAUAUAAUUGUAAUUUUACAACAUUCAAAUAAUUAUUCCCUAAGAGAAGCUAUUGAUCACGCAGUGGUGUUAAUAAAUAAUCGAAUGACUCAAAUCAAAAAAUUUGUUGACAAAUUAAUGCAAUUUAGUUUAGUAGAUCAAAACACUAUUAAAUAUAUCAAUGCAUUAAUAGAUAUAAUGGUUG